AUGAAUUUUAAAAUUGACUACAAAGACCGUGAGGCAAACAAUAAAUAAAAGCCUUAUGUUAACUCAUUGAGAUAAGGGCCUCUUCAUUAAAAUAACUAUAGACCCAGCUCGAAAAAUAGAUAAAGUAGUAGUAACUCUAAAACUGCGAACAUGAUUAAUAAUCAAAGCUAACUCUCCUUGCAGGAAAAUUUACCGCUAAUGCAUGGCUUAAAUUUAAAUAGAGAUUUCGUCCCUCUUUCUGAAUUAAGCUUAGAAGAACUAAAACUAAGAUUUGAAUAAAGGAAGUAUCCUCAUAAAUUUAGAUAACCAAAUCUCUUACUUGCUUCAAAAAUAUACAAUGACCUAAAUUUCAUUGGAAAAGAUGCAAAUGAUACUGUUUUAGAUACUGAAGUGGGGGAAUAAUUAAACAGCCAACGAUUAAUUAACAAGGCAUUUGGUUAAUUGAAGUAUAACUAUGAGGAUGACCUGAAACUUGCUAGAGCCUUUCAUGAAAGGCGUUUAAAAUAAAGAAUAAUGAUGAAAGGUUGGAAAGAUGCCAUUAAAAAGCUAAAGUUAAUAAAGAAAAAUAGAAGAAGUAUCAGGCAACUUAGAAAGCUAUUUAAAUUAAAAACUUUAUUCAAGGCUUGGAGAAAAUUCAUAAAGCAAGCAACACUUUUAAAAUCUUUCCCAAGAGCUCCUAAAAGUUUAACUUACUGUGUUAAGUAUACAUAAUUUUGCAAAUGUGAGGAAUGUUCUUACUACAGAGAAAGAACAUCUGAUAUUGUGCCUAUGAGGGACGGUUCAAAUGAGACUGUGCGUACUUAAGUGUAAUUUGAAAACAUUAGACUCUAAGAAAGAAACAAUUAAAGGCAUGAUAGCUCUUUUGGAAAAGUAUUGCCAUUAAGUGAAAUAUAUAAGGAGAAACCAAUGCCAAAUACAAUCAAAACCACUAACUAGAUGUCUAUACACACUAGAGCAAGUACAGUUGGUGGAGCUAAUUAAUACAUUAAUACUUCUAAUCAAAGUCUUUCAUAAGGCCCAAUGUAUCAAUCGACAAUCAGUGAUUAAGUUAAUAAGUCGUAGCAAAGCCUCACCUCUCUAUACUAUCCAUAGUAAUCACAUGAAAAAGAUAAUGGGAUGACUAGUCAUAGCCAGAAAAAAAGUAUUAUGACUCAUAAGAGGGAAAAUAGUAAGCAUAACUAAUCCAUAAAGAGCAUAGUACAGUUCAAUCUUCCUAGCUCUCAUAGAUCAUAAAACUAUAUCUAUAUUAACGAAAGUGACUGA